CAUUCUUCAUUCUAAAUUGUUACUUCGUAAAAGGUGAAAAAAUUUGAUUUCAACAAGAGAGAAAAUUUUGAGCAAAAAAAUUCGUUGAACAAAGCUGUUUAAAGAAUUCCAAAUGUCGUCUGUUAACUACUGCGUAAUGACGUCACUGGUCAAGUCUUUGUGUGCGAUCAGAAAAUUUUACCCGCGAAUAAAAAAGUAAAAAAUUCAUAUUAUUUUCAAAAAAAUAUUUAAGAUUUUUAGAUGGACGUUUGUCGCUUAAUAAAAUGAUAGAAAAUAGUAUUUUUUUUUAAAUUUGAAAUUGAAAUUUUUAAGCUGAAAUUCCUAUCUUAGACUAUAUGGCAGCAUCGGAUUUUCUAAUCUCCAGAGGUACUAGUAGUUCCUAGGAGCAUCUGUUAUUCGUUUUCAAACACAAACACACGUUGGAACUGUUGGCUACAGUUUUUAUUUCAGGUCACGAAGUAUAAACAGACACAUCACUUUAAGAAUAAAGAUUGAGGAGUCGAAUUCGAUGAGUUAUAGACAGAUCGAAAAGCUGGCGAAGGAAAAGCCCAACAUCACUCGUCGUGACCGUGUGUCCGAGGAAAUUCUUAUUGAGGUUCAACACUCCCAGAAUCUCCAUUCAGACAGUCAUUUUAUAUCAACUGAUGAGACCACAGAUGAUUCUACUAUGGAAUCAGAAGUUGUACAAGAACCAACUGUCUCAAAAUGUGGCAGGAAACAUGGAAACCAAAAUUCAAAAGAAGAGCAAAAGGCAUUGCCUGUUAGCAAGAAAACAAAGGAGUCUGUUGACCACGCUUCAAACUCAACAUUUUCAAUUGACGAGCAAAUGUUCCAGCAGCAGCAGAAUCAACUGCUAGAGAAACAACAACAGCAGCAACAACAACUGCAGGAGCAGCAGCAACAACAACAACUGCAGGAGCAACAACAGCUUCAGAUACAAUUGCGAAAGCAGGAGAUACUACUGCAGCUAAAACAAUUGAGAGAGGGGGUGCAACAACUGCAGCAGGAGAAGCAGCAAAUCCAACAGAGAAUGGAGGAGCUGCAACAACAACUGCAGGAAGAACGACAGCAGCUGAAGCAGCUACGCCAACAACUGCAGCUUUCAAUUGCAUUGAGAAAAAUGAAAUAUAAAAAAUGUCACAAAUUGGAAAAAUUUGGGCGUAAUGCUUAAAUGUGUCUACUGAAAAAAAAUAGUUCAAAUCCCCGUUCAACAAUAUCAUCUUCUCCUCCAGGCAAAGUAUUUUUUUGGAAGUUGAAAUGGGAUAACCUAAAAAAAGUCUCGCUGUUCUCUUUGUCAAGUGGGAAAUAAUUUUCUUAAAUUGCUAAUGUCUUCAUUUAUCAAUGGUCUAUGCCCGUUCAAAAAUCCUUACCCAACCACUUUCUGUUAAUAUGUUUUCACGUGCCAUUUACCUCGAGUCACUCAAUGGAAGAACUUCGUCAGGCAAAUUGCCGGAAGUUGAUAAGGAAUAACCUAGAAAAAGCCUGUCUGUGAUUUGUAUCUUACGUGUACCAAAUUGAACAAAGAAAUUUCGAAUCUGUUUUUGUCCCAA